AUGCCCCCCAAACGCAACGCCUCCAGCGCAGGCAGUCGCGCCAAGAAGCCGCGUCCAUCCAACGAGUCCCCGGCAAAGCCCCCGGCAGCAGAGCCCCCGGGACCGGCAGGCGACGCGAACAACGACAGCGGCGACGAGUUCGCCAACGACGAGGAAAGGGCCGCCGCGGCCGCCGCAAUCCCCCGCAACAAGCGAUGGUCAGCUGUGUCCGGGUCGGCCAACGCCGAUGGCGACUACAAGUUUGCGAUCCGCAACCCGGCGAAGGCGUAUAAGUUUGUGUGCAUGUGUCGGCCGCCGUUUGUGAAUGGAGAGGAGGAGGAGGAGGAUGGGGAAGAGGUAGUAGAACGGGAUGGUACCAAGAAGAGCAAGCGCGCGAAGUGUGAUGGUGGGAAGACUUGUCUGUGUGAUAAGCCGGCUGCUGAGCAUAUGGAGCACCCGUGGAAGUUUACGUUUGCUGGCAAGCGCAAGUUCUUCACGCAGCUGACGCAUUGCCAGCUGCGGAGCCCGGACAACUUUGGCAUGUACACGUUCAACGACCAUGAGGGGUACGGUGUGGUAGAGGUGCUGCAGAAUAUGGUGCUCGACUUUGAAGAGGCGGAGGGGAAUUACAAGGAGCAAUGGGCGGUUUGUGAAGCGUUGGGGAUGUUCUUGAAGACGGACUUUGCGGGGGAUCUUUCUCACGUUGAUGGCGCUGAUCUCAUUGACGCGACAUACCAACUCAUCGGCCGUCUCUUCAUGUCGAUGCUUGCUCUCCUAGAGCGGAAGAACCUUCUCUCCAAAGACUCCGAGAUCAAGAACCUCGACGUGGUGAUGGCCAUUUUCUUGGAGGUGGCGCAUGGUGCCCGAUGCUACGGGUUCCUCGAAGACCCUGCGACAGAAGCCCUUGGCCCCGCCAAAGACAAGAAGACAUGGCAGCCAGAUUACUUCGACAACAACAUCGUUGCCUACGCCCGCAAGUACGAUAUCGAGCUAACCGGGAUUCACGGGCUUGACAAGCUGAUCGAGGACGCUGACGCGGAUGUUGAUCUGCCCGUGCCCACGUCCAACGCGGCCGACAAGGCGGACCCGUUUGGGUUUGUCAAGGGGCUGAAGGCGUACAAGAAGGAGCAUGGGGGCGUCACUGCGUUUUUGGCGCAGACCAAGAAGCCGAACUCAGUCAUUGGAGGUGAUCACUUGGACAUCACCUCCUGGACUAGUGCGAAGCGGAAGAGCAAGGCGUUCAACGAGAAGGACCCGCUGGGGAAGGAGGAACUGGCGGCGCUGAAGAAGGGAGCAGUCUUGUCGCUUGCCUGA